GUUUAUACCUAGCGCAUCUCGAGAGAAGUCGUUUCUGUAGAUAUUCGUUAAAUAUUUCAAAAUGAAGAAUUGCGUUGUUUUAGUGCUCUGUUUAAUAUUCUCAUCUUCAGAAGCGCCCCCACCACAAGUCAGCAAGCAAUACCGAACAGACUAUGAAUACAAUAGAAAAACAGAUGCGUUUUACAAGCUCCAUAUUGAGACGACCCCACAUUAUCUCGUGGAGCAACUGUGCAAAGUAGAAGGAGCCGAACUUAUGGUCCCACGUUCAGACUACGACAUAGAACAAAUGCAUGGCAUGUUCAAGAAGUUCCCUGAUAUUGGGAACUAUGUGUGGGUUGGGAAUGAUGGGAAGAAUCACGAGUCUGCUGAAGAAGUUCCUAUCAUUGAUCUGGAGGAGCCACCGAAUUUUUCAGAGAGAUUCGGAUCAUGUGUAGUAGGCACGAGGAAUGGUGAUGUGGAGACGUCAGUGUGCUACCGAGGGCUGCCAUUCAUAUGCAAAGUGUCGGCCAUGGACGCGCCUUACGACCGACACUGCAAUGUUUAUGGAAGAGAUUACAAAUACUAUCCAUCCACCCGGAGCUGCUAUAAGAUCCCUAGCAUAGCGUUCCCUUGGAGUGAAGCUUACUCAGAGUGUCAGGCAGAGGGCGCUCACCUCCUCGUAAUGAACUCCGAAGCAGAACACUUGGCGAUCAUGAACCUUACAAGUGCAGCCCCCAAGGUCCGCGGAGCCAAAGCGUCCUACUUCUUCUUUGCUGGCUUCAGAGCUGAGAAACCCGUUGGAAAUGCCACAGUCGUGUUUAAAACUAUAUUCAAUGAAACACUAUCCCAAGCAGGCUACGAAAACUGGUCGGAUAACGAACCCAACAACUCGAAUGGCGAAUAUUGUGGCUCCAUCUUCCUGAACGAUGGCAAACUAAACGAUCUCCACUGCCACGAUACUUUUGCAUUUAUCUGUGAAAAAGAGGUUUCAUCCUGAAUUGUUGACUCAGAAAUUUGGUUUUUGUAUAAUUAGUAUCAUGAGCCAUAUUGACUUACUUAAUUUAAUUCAUAAUACAGUAUACUUAGGUAACUAUGCGAGGUUGUUAUUCUAGUUUGACAUAUUAUACAACUUGUGCAGUAACUGACAUGAUUAUAGGCCCCGGUUGUGGUUCGAAUCUAAUCGAGCAACCUCGACAAGUUACGUAAGUAAGCCAUUAUUAGGUCACUUAAGUGGAAUAUGGGUUGUUUGAAAUAUGGAAUAAAAGUAUUUAUUUAUAA